AUGGUCAUUUUAGCUUGUAUUUUCAAUAGUCAACGUGUGCUGCAGACCAGAAUUGCUGACAAAAGUGGCACUUCCGUUAGUGAAUUUCAUCCAAUUGAAAUGGAACCUCUUUAUCUAUUGUGCAGAUGUGAUUUACAGGUGCCCAGAAAUUUCUUCUAUGCACCAAAGGGUUUUCGCAAAUAUGCUCUGUCUACUACUCCCCGUGCGCCGAGACGCACGCUUGAUGGUGGAAGCUGGAUGGGCUGGGGGCCAGGCCCUCGAAUGACCAUGGCGCAAGUCACUUCUCCUCGCCCCGAGUACGCGGCCCACAUGCGACCUAAGGAGGUAGUAGAGCGAGAGUGCGCGAGAAGAACUCCAGAGUGCACUACGAUUCCCAAAGUAGUGUGGUUAUUUCGUUCCUAG